UUGUCUGGAGAGUCCAAAAUGAUUGCACACAGCUCAAGGCAUUUCUACACGUUGGAUACGCGUAGGACACAUCACGUUGCGAGCCUUGGCGAAGAUGUGUGGAAGGAGGAAACGCUACCUUCACUAGUUCACCCGUUCUGCCCUGACGCUGCUUGUUCACCUCUGGAGUAGUCCCCACUUUCUAUAAGAGGAGAAGCAACCUUGGCGAAGAAGAAGAAGAAGAAGGAAAUGAUAAUGAACGGGGAGUUAUGGACGAGCUUAGGCUCAACAGCCGCGGCCAUAAUGUUCGCCUGGGCUAUGAUCCAGCAGUAUUUCCCCUCCACCCUUCGAGAAUCCCUUACCAAAUACGGCCAUCGAUUCGUAACCUACUUCUACCCAUACAUUCAAAUCACCUUCCACGAGUACACCGCCGACCGUUGGAGCCGUAGCAUGGUUUACUCAACCAUCGAGGCGUACCUCACCUCCAACUCCUCCAUGCGCGCCAAGCGUCUCAAGGCCGACGCCGGCAAGAACACUCGCAACCUCGUACUCAGCUUGGACGACCACGAGGAGGUCACCGACGAGUUCCAAGGCGUCAAAUUCUGGUGGUCUUCCGAUAAGACCGUCUCCAAGACUACUUUUUUCUCUUUCUACCCUUCCUCCGACGAGAAGCGAUUCUACAAACUCACCUUCCAUAAGCAACACAGGGAUCUCGUCACCGCUUCUUACCUCAACCAUGUCAUGGAACAAGGCAAAGCCGUCGGAGUGAAAAAUCGGCAGCGAAAGCUCUACACCAAUAACUCGAAGUCGGCGUGGACUCAUGUGGUUUUCGAGCACCCGGCCACGUUUCAGACGCUGGCGAUGGAGCCGGAGAAGAAGAAGGAUAUCAUGGACGACCUCAUUAGCUUCAGUAAGAGCAAGGACUACUACAAGAAGAUUGGCAAGGCUUGGAAACGAGGCUACUUGCUCUACGGCCCUCCUGGAACUGGUAAGUCUUCUAUGAUUGCCGCCAUAGCUAAUCUCUUGGAUUACGACAUCUACGAUCUCGAAUUGACUUCCGUGAAGGACAAUACGGAGCUGCGGAAGCUUCUAAUCGAGACUAGUAGCAAGUCGAUCAUCGUGAUCGAAGACAUUGAUUGUUCCCUUGAUCUGACCGGCCAAAGGAAGAAGAACAAGGAGGAGGAGAAAGAGAACAAAGAAGGGGAAGGUGUCCCAGCAGCCAUUAAAGAGGAAGCGGAGAAGGGUAAGGAUAAGGAGAGCAAAGUGACUCUAUCUGGGCUUCUCAACUUCAUAGACGGACUCUGGUCAGCCUGCGGAGCAGAGAAGCUUAUCGUGUUCACCACAAACUAUGUUGAGAAAUUGGACCCUGCUCUCAUUAGGAGGGGUCGGAUGGACAAGCACAUCGAGAUGUCGUACUGUAACUACGAAGGGUUCAAGGUGCUGGCCAUGAAUUAUCUGGAUCUGGAUUCACACCCUCUGUUCGAGACGAUUCGUGGGUUGCUGAAGGACACCCAAAUUACUCCCGCCGACGUUGCAGAGAAUUUGAUGCCUAAAUCCUUUGGGGAAAAUGCCAAGGAGGACUGUCUGGAGGCAAUGAUCCGUGCUCUCCAAUUGGCUAAAGAAGAAGCGAGCAGGCUGAAGGCCGAGGAAGCAUCAGCAGAGUCGACAAGAAAGGAGGAGAUUUCGAAAUCGACCAAAGAAGCACAAGAGAAGGAAUCGUUGACAGAGGCCUAAUCAACCCAAUUAGAUAACAAGGAAACGGUCUGAGGAGAAGAUCACAGCGGAGGAUAUUUUUUUCCCCUUCUUCUUGCUCAUACAAUUCUCCUCUGAUUUUCCUUUUGUCUCCCUCAUUUAUUAUUUGAAUUUUCAUUAUCAUUUAGGAUUCUUCUUA